AUGGAUUCUGACAGAUUGGAUCUAGGCCCGAAGUCAAAGAAGAACAAGAAGAACAGGAACGCUGCCAAAUCCAAGACAGAUGGUAAUGGAGGCAACGAUGAUGCGCAUACAGAAGACGCAACCGGGGAAGCAUCCGAUAACAACUCUGAGGCGUCUAUACCAAUUGAUCGACCUCAUGAUACCAUAAAUGGGACACCGGACGAAGACGAGGAGGAAGCGGAAGCAGAGGGUAAAAGUGAUAUCCGAAAACAAAUAUCUGAGCAAAGCAAUAUUCUUCCUGUCCGGGAUAGAAAACGGCCUGAUGAAACAGCGAACUCCGCGCCUUCUCCUAUCGACGCCGAAAAGAAGCUCGCUGCGCUUGUGCGAGACCGGGACUCUCUUCGAGCAGAAGUAACCGAGAUGCGAAAGUCUUUGGAGGAGAUACAACUGAAACACCAGGAGGAGAUGGAAGCUUUACAACGCCGGCUGGCCGAGUCAGAGUCGAAGAAGGAACACGCUGAGAAUCAGUUCCAGAAAUUAUUAGAGAGGGUUAAUACUAUCAAGUCGCAACUCGGAGAGAGGAUGAAGGAGGAUGCUGAAGAGUUGGCUCAGGCGAGAUCUCGGAUUGAAGAGCUAGAGGAACAGAAUUCCAACUUGAAGACUGAGCUUGACUCGAAGGCCUCCGAGAUAGCAGAGCUAUCGAAGGAAGCAGAACAGAGAUCAAGGGAGCUUUCCAGCUUACGAAACAGAACAAACUUAUCUCAACAGAACUGGUUGAAGGAAAAGGAGGAAUUACUUGAACAGGAGGCUUACCUUCGUGCGGAAUUUGAGGAGGCGAAACAAGCGAUGCACAAUUGGGAGGUUUUAGCCAUGGAGGAACGGUCUAUUCGGGAGGGGCUUGGAGAAAAAGUGGUCGAUUUGGAAGAACAGCUCUCCAGUCUCAAAGAAGAAUACGAAAAGGUAACGGCCGAGUGCAACAGUCAAUCGGUAACUGUUGACGGGCUACAACGGGCUUUACAAGAGAUCCAGACAGGUACCGAUUUUCUUCGGUUUUUGAGCUCUGAUGCUCAGUUAGAAGAACUGAGGAAGUCUCUACGAGAAGCGGAGAAGAGGGCUUCAGAUGCUGAGUCUGCACUCCAAAGUGCUCAGAAAGAGCUGGAGAGACUGCAGCCUUUCGAAAAAGAAGUAAAAGAGAAGAAUCUUCUCAUCGGCAAAUUGAGGCAUGAAGCUGUUACUCUCAACGAUCAUUUGACGAAAGCUUUGAGAUUCCUAAAGAGAGGCAAACCAGAGGAUAAUGUUGAUAGACAUAUUGUCACCAACCACCUCCUCCAUUUCCUUGCUCUUGAUCGCUCGGAUCCAAAAAAGUUUGAAAUAUUACAGCUCAUUGCAGCCCUUCUACAAUGGACGGAUGACCAACGUGAACAAGCUGGACUUGCACGUCCGGGAACCUCAAACACGUCCGGUGGCCUUAGAGCUUCAAGCUUCUCGGUUCACCGAACACCAAGCACACCGUCAUUAGCAACUGAAUUCCUCGAAAAUGGGAGCACAGGCAAGGAGUCGCUUGCGGAGCUCUGGUCUAAUUUCCUUGAACAAGAGGCUCAAGCUGGCGGCGGAAAUGCGGGCAGAGGUGGAGCUUCAAACGCCGGCUUGAAAUCCCCUUGA